AUGUAAAAACUGUUUUGGUACUAAGGUAUAUUUUGUCCAUGCCAGCAAACACUCAAGAUGAUGUAAUCACUUUAUUGAAGACCAUUAGAGAACAGAACAAUCAAAUUUUGCAGUGGAUCCGAAAACAAGAUCGCAGUGGCAAUCACGCCAGUAAUACAGAUUUACCAGAUGAUAUAGGCGUACAGUUUCCUUUGAAUUCUCAAGAGGAUAUUACCAAAUUGGAAACAUACCUGAGUGAAAAAAAUAAUUGCCUGGCUUUGUCGGCAUAUCUAUCGACUUUUGGAGGGAGAGAUUUUACUGGACAUACAAACCGCAUUUUAAAUUUUUUGUUCACUUAUUCUCUUGCAACUAAUUGGAAUUUUGGUGGCAAACGAGGUGAGAAAACGGCUUUUAAAAACUUAAACGUAAAGGAUGUGAUUAUUGGUGCUGUAAGAAAAAGCUCCCCUCUAGUCAGUCAGAAAGAAAUAGAAGAUACCAUCAAGAUGUGGUUGAAACAUGCACCAGAGAAAUUGAAAAAGCAGCAGCAUGGCAACCCGUAAGAAAAAAAGUGUUGUUAGUCAAAGACAACUCUACAGAAGGGUGGCAGAAGCAAAUUUAGCACCUCAAACACUCAAGAUGAUGUAAUCACUUUAUUGAAGACCAUUAGAGAACAGAACAAUCAAAUUUUGCAGUGGAUCCGAAAACAAGAUCGCAGUGGCAAUCACGCCAGUAAUACAGAUUUACCAGAUGAUAUAGGCGUACAGUUUCCUUUGAAUUCUCAAGAGGAUAUUACCAAAUUGGAAACAUACCUGAGUGAAAAAAAUAA